UUUUUUUUCACAUUUUUAGCUUUGCACGGGCAUUCUCUAAUGCAGAACAAUCAGUAUCCCUACUUCUCCGACGUAAUGGGAGACGGAAACAUGAACAGCGUCCCGUCGUAUGCAUCAGCGUCAUCCUUUGAUGCUUUGUCCCCGCCAUGUGCCAAGUUACCAUUCCAUGGUGUUGAACUUCAACCCUCUUCGGUCUGUCCAAAUAACUUUGUCGUUUUCGACCAAACAUAUGACCGCAGCCAAGUGAUGUACCAUCCUGAGCUGACACCUAGGCUCGUGAACUCCGGAUUAGCUUCUUCGUUUCAUAACGAGUAUGUUGCGGGAAGUUAUGGUAACUAUGGCCGACAAGAAGUAUCAUCAUCCUCUUCUCACCAAGAAGAUCCUAACGAGAUUGAUGCUCUCUUGAGCACAGAUGAAGAUGGUGAUGAGAGUGAGGAUGGUUGUGAUUCAGAAGAGGUCAGCACCACAGCUCGUGAGUCUCUCAGGGAGUAUGGGAAUACAUCAGCUGAAUCAAGUUGCUCAAGCUAUGGAUAUAGCUCAAGAAGGAAGCAGAGUGUAUCGGGAAGUGCGAGUAGUUCUAACAAUGAUGGGAAAGGAAGGAGAAAGAUGAAGAAGAUGAUGGGAGUGUUGAGGAGGAUUGUCCCUGGAGGAGAAGAGAUGAAUACAGCUUCUGUACUUGAUGAAGCUGUUCAGUACCUCAAGUCACUUAAACUCGAAGCUCAGAAACUUGGCGUUGAACAUUUCUCAAACCAAUCUUGAAGAUACUAUCCGAUAUUCCUUCUUCAGUUGCAACUGUUCUUGGGAAGUAACUCUCGGUCCAGCGCUAUCUGGACCACUCUCUCUCUCUAUGGUACUCCCACUCUCCUCGCUUCUAUUUACAGGAUGGGAUUUAUUUAGAUAUAAUAGUAUGUUGAAUCUCUCUCUAUAUAUGUUUCAUUUUGUGCGUUGCACAAGGUGUACUUGUGGAUUUGCUUUGAGCUUUUGAUUUGUAUGGCUGAACUUGCACUCUAAUCAAAUGGCUUUUCAUUUUCCAUUUCUAGCCAUGAACUAUUAUGGUUUGUGAUGUGCCUUUUUACUUAGGCAUGUAAUGUAUUUUGCUU